GCAUGUUCGAUAAUCUUGUGAUGUAUAUUCGAAAUCUUGUGAUGUGUGUUCUACAAUUCAGUGAUGCGUGCAAUAAAAUUGCAUGACGCAACAGAAAAGUAAGGACAAUUUUCAUUGGUUAGAAAUAACGAAAGUAGCUGAAGCGUCGGGAAAACCAUGCAGGUGAGAAAAAACACAUCAGUUUGUUUAUUGCAGCACUAAUUACGAGAUGCACGAGUGUUGUUCCUGGUGACAUGAUGGAGAUAUUUCGGCCUGCUAGGGAAAAAACUCAGUAAACGUAGAUGUAUUGACAAAAUUUGUAGAUGAGCUGAUCGCCAACCAGGAGAUCAGAAUGAUCGCAUCUGCUCCUGCCACUUUAAGGAUGGUAAGAAGGAGGGGGACCCUGCAUAUUUUGCAUGGAAUGAAGGAAAGGCCAUGGAUUUCUCUGAUCCUGAAUGUACAAAAAGGAGGAAAAAACUCAAAAGUGAGGAGUCCCUGUCAUCUUCACAGAUGGACCAGUUGCAGAUUCCACAAGCACCAAAAUGUCAAUAUCAAGAAAAAUUGAUAUCAGAGCACAACUACUCAGCAUCCUGCACAUUUAACUGUACUCAAGAAAUGCAGCGCCUCUCAACAGAAAUACAACUGGAAAAGGAAUUGCUUGCCCUAAAAAUAGAGUCUAGUAAAAGGAAGCCAAUAUCAAUCCACGAUAUUAAAUACAACGAAGAGAAGGUCUCUGAUCAGCAGGGGCAUUUUCUCUAUAUAAGAAGAAAAUGGAGACUCCCUACCCAACCGAUGUAUUUUGUCGGACAGUUUUCUGUACAUUGCAGUCACCAAUAUAGCCAAAUAUCAUCACCGGCCCAGACUUCAUUCACUCCUCUGAACUGUGCUGGUAGCAGGUCUCUGCCAAAAUCUUUUGAGGAUUUUUCCUCUGCUAGAGCAUCCAUGGAUGCAAAUGAAACAACCCAGGACAUCCCAACACAUAUGGAUAAUCAGGCCAUGGCCUACAAAAAUUCUAGAGGUACAAAACUAAGUGUCAAGAAGUUCAAACCAGAACUCAGUUUUCCAUCAGUGCUGGAAUGA